AUGGGACAUGCAGUCAAGUGUGUCAGCCUGUUGACUUUUGCACCAUUGCUUGGCCAGGUGGUAAAGAUCACACGGACUAAGGACUACUACCAGAUCUUGAGCAUAGAGCGGUCAGCAACAGAUGACGAGAUCAAGAGAUCAUAUCGGAAGCUGGCGCUGAAGCUCCAUCCAGACAAAUGCGCAGUGCCAGGCGCGGAUGAGGCCUUCAAAGCCGUGUCGCGCGCGUUCUCCUGCCUGAGCGAUGCGCAGAAGCGCGCAGCGUACGACCGUUACGGGGAGGAGACCCCCGGCAUGUCCGGCCGCGCAAACGGCGCCGGCCCGGGGCACCCCUUUGCGCAGCAGGAGUUUGACCCCGAGGAGCUCUUCAACAUGUUCUUCAACGGCGGCUUUGGCGGGACCAGGGGCCCGGUGUUCCGGACGCAUUUUGGUGGGGUGCCGCCGGGCGCGUGGCGGCAGGCGCCGCGGCAGCCGCAGGGGCCGCAGCAGCCGGUCAACCCAGUGACUCAGCUGUUGCACUUCCUGCCGGUCGUCCUGCUGCUGCUCUUCACCUUCCUGCAGAUGCCCGGCCAACCGGAGUACAAUCUUGAUAAGGUGGCGGAAUACCGGAGUCAGGUGGAGACGGCGCGGCUGGGGGUGCCAUUUUUUGUGAAGGAUGCGGCUGCCUUCCAAAGAUCUCACCCCAAGGGCGGCAGGGAGCGGGCAAGGGUGGAGAAUGAGGUGGAGGCGCUGUUUAAAGAGCGGCUAGAGCAGCAGUGCUAUGCUGAGCGGGUGAACCAGCAGCGGUUGUACCGAUGGGGUCAGGUGGAACGUGCAAAGGCGUUCCCUCUGCCCCACUGCGAGGAGCUCAAAGCCACCUUUGGCAGCACGCGCAUGUACACAUAGCAUUUGAUUAUAAAUUCAAAUCCCAGCACCCCGGCAGAAAGCAGCCUGUCGGAUUCUGGAGGUCUACAAGUUGUGGUCUGCAGUCUAAGUAAUAGUGUCAGCAUUGAAAGGCUUGCGUUGAGCAUAAGGUCCUGUGAACUGAGUCAACUGGGGCAACAUGUAAGAGUAGCGUUGUGUGUGGACUUGAAACGUCAAGCUGCAAAUUGCUUGCAAGGGUGUGUUACCGAUGCUUCAGUGCUUUUGCGCUGAAACAUGUAAAGUAUCAAGUGCUGCAGUUUCUGACAGUUCUCAUUGGUAAACGUAUGCGUUCACUCGUAUCCAUUUGAGGGUAACAGAGGUCGCGCUAGCU